AUGGAUUCGAAGUGCCUCUGCCCGCGUGGUUGGGUCACCCAUGGCCAUCACUGCUACCUCUACGUGCCUCAGCCGGAGAGCUUCAACACCGCGGAGAGCCUUUGCGUAGCCCGCGGCUUACCCGGCAGGCCAUCCCACCUCGCCUCGGUGCUAGACGAGGCCGAGGCAUCGUUCCUCGCAGAUCUGAUCAAGCGGUCUGGAUCGACUCCUCACGCCUGGAUUGGCCUUUUGGACAUUGCUUUGGAGGGGUACUGGUCUUGGCUGGAUGGAUCGCCCCUCUCGAGCACGCAGUGGGGACCAGGACAACCUGACAAUUCAGGCAACGAGGACUGCGUUUUUCUGCGCACUGAUUCCACCUGGAACGACUACGUGUGCGAGAGUUCAGUCGUUUAUAUCUGCAAAAUGUUGCAGCGAUACCGUUCUCUGUAA